GGCCGCUGCGGGCAGACGGGCUCCGGGCUCCUGGAGGGCGGCCGCCUCGCUUCCAGCCCAGGUUCGGUCCAGGGGCUGCGGCCGGUCACUCCUGGGACACCCGGCCCCCCGCGGAGCGCGCAGCGGCUGCGAGGGCACCCCUGACCCGGGACGCGCGCCAGGAAUCCUAAAACCAAAAUAUUGGAAGGAAAACAGAAACAUGGCUCAUCACAUUACAUUCCUUUGGAUAGUUUUGCUUCUUCAGAAUUCUGCCUUAGCUGAUGAUGGGGAGAUAAGAUCAAGUUGCCGUACGGCUCCAACAGACUUAGUUUUCAUCUUGGAUGGCUCUUACAGCGUCGGCCCAGAAAACUUUGAAAUAGUGAAGAAAUGGCUUGUCAAUAUCACAAAAAACUUUGACAUCGGGCCGAAGUUUAUUCAGGUCGGGGUGGUUCAGUACAGUGACUACCCGGUGCUGGAGAUCCCCCUGGGCAGCCAGGACUCAGGAGGGAAGCUGGUGGCCGCGAUGGAAGCCAUUCACUACUUGGGAGGCAACACGAGGACCGGAAAAGCCAUCCAGUUUGCACUUGAUUACCUCUUCGCCAAGUCCUCGCGGUUUCUGACCAAGAUCGCGGUGGUCCUCACUGACGGUAAAUCCCAGGACGAAGUCAAGGAUGCCGCAGAAGCCGCAAGAGACAGUAAGAUCACCUUGUUUGCCAUCGGUGUUGGUUCUGAAACAGAAGAUGCGGAACUCAGAGCCAUAGCCAACAAGCCUUCAUCUACUUACGUGUUUUAUGUGGAAGAUUAUAUCGCAAUAUCCAAAAUAAGGGAGGUGAUGAAGCAGAAGCUUUGUGAAGAAUCUGUCUGUCCAACACGAAUCCCGGUGGCAGCUCGUGAUGAGAAGGGGUUCGAUAUUCUUUUGGGUUUGGGUGUCAAGAAGAAGGCAAAGAAAAGAAUCCAACUUUCGCCAACAAAGAUAAAGGGAUAUGAAAUAACAUCAAAAGUUGAUUUAUCAGAAUUCACCAGCAAUGUUUUCCCAGAAGGUCUUCCUCCAUCCUAUGUCUUUGUCUCCACUCAGAGAUUUAAGGUCAAGAAAAUGUGGGAUUUAUGGAGAAUUUUAACCUUUGAUGGAAGGCCACAAAUAGCAGUUACCUUAAAUGGAGUGGAUAAAACAUUAGUAUUUACAACUACCAGCAUAAUUAAUGGCUCACAAGUGGUCACCUUUGCUGACCCUCGAGUUAAGACGUUGUUUGAUGAAGGCUGGCAUCAGAUCCGUCUCCUGGUGACAGAGCAAGAUGUAACUCUCUACAUCGAUGAUCAACAAAUCGAAGACAAGCCCUUGCAUCCAGUCCUAGGGAUUUUCAUCAGCGGGCAAACCCAAAUCGGAAAGUACUCUGGGAAAGAAGAAACUGUUCAGUUUGAUGUCCAAAAGCUGCGAAUCUACUGUGACCCAGAACAGAACAACCGGGAGACGGCAUGUGAGAUUCCUGGAUUUAAUGGUGAGUGCCUCAACGGUCCCAGCGAUGUAGGUUCAACUGCAGCCCCGUGUGUAUGUCCUCCGGGAAAACCAGGACUGCCAGGCCCCAAAGGGGACCCCGGACAGCCUGGGAACCCUGGCUACCCUGGACAACCCGGUCAAGAUGGUAAGCCUGGAUACCAGGGAAUGGCAGGGUCACCCGGUGUUCCAGGAACCCCAGGAAUACAAGGAGCACGAGGACUACCGGGUUACAAAGGAGAACCAGGAAGAGACGGUGAAAAGGGUGACCGUGGGCUUCCUGGCUUUCCUGGGCUUCAUGGAAUGCCAGGGUCAAAGGGUGAAAUGGGCCCCAAAGGAGAUAAAGGAUUACCUGGAUUUUAUGGAAAAAAGGGAACCAAAGGUGAAAAGGGGAGUGAUGGCUUUCCUGGCCUUCCUGGACGUGCUGGAGAACCAGGAAGACAUGGGAAGGAUGGACUAAUGGGUAGCCCCGGUUUCAAGGGAGAAGCUGGACCUCCGGGUGCUCCGGGGCAGGAUGGAUCACGGGGAGAGCCUGGCAUUCCAGGAUUUCCUGGAAACCAAGGAUUAAUGGGACAAAAAGGAGAAACUGGGUCUCCAGGACCAGUAGGGAAAAAAGGAGCUCCGGGGAUACCUGGCCUGAUGGGAAGCGAUGGUGCACCGGGUCAGCCUGGAACACAAGGAUCCAAGGGAAAUAAAGGUGAACCUGGACUUCAAGGCAUGCCUGGGGCUUCUGGGCUCAAGGGAGAGCCAGGAGCAGCGGGCCCCCCGGGAGAACCAGGGUACCUGGGUUUGCCUGGAAUUCAGGGGAAAAAGGGGGACAAAGGGAAUCACGGUGAGAGAGGCAUUCAGGGUCAAAAGGGAGAAAAUGGACGACAAGGGAUUCCGGGGCAACAGGGAAUUCCAGGCCAUCAUGGUGCAAAAGGAGAGAGCGGUGAAAAGGGAGAGCCGGGUGCCAGAGGUGCCACUGGACCCAAAGGAGAGUCUGGGGUGGACGGUCUGAUGGGGCCUGUGGGUCCCCAGGGGCAGCCGGGGGAAGCAGGGCCCAUGGGGCCUCCAGGGCUGGAUGGGAAGCCCGGGAGAGAAUUUUCAGAACAGUUUAUCCGACAAGUUUGCACUGAUGUAUUAAGAGCCCAGCUACCAGUCUUACUGCAGAGUGGAAGGAUUCCAAGUUGUGACCAUUGCCAGUCCCAGCACGGCUCCCCUGGUAUUCCUGGGCCGCCGGGUCCCGUGGGCCCAGAAGGUCCCCGAGGCUUCCCUGGUUUGCCAGGAAGAGAUGGUGUUCCUGGAUUUAUGGGUGCUCCUGGACGCCCAGGUGCCAGAGGAUUAAAAGGCCUUCCAGGACGAAACGGAGAAAAGGGGAGCCAAGGGCUUGGGUACCCUGGAGCACAAGGCCCUCCUGGUCCCCCAGGUCCAGAGGGCCCUCCAGGAAUAAGCAAAGAAGGUCCUCGGGGAGACCCGGGUCUCCCCGGGAAAGAUGGAGAUCACGGGAAACCCGGAACCCAAGGGCAGCCGGGGCCCCCGGGCAUCUGCGACCCCUCGCUGUGUUUUAGCGUCAUCGUGGGAAGAGAUCCCUUUAGAAAAGGACCAAACUAUUAGUGUCGGAUGCCUCGCUCAGCAGCCCAGGCGUGGUGCUCUUCUUUUGUGGUCUUUGCAUCUCAGGAAGAUAACAACAGUAAUCCUUUGAAAAGAAACUUAAGUACCUCGGUGUUUUCACUAUUGCUUUUUCCUUAAGGAAGAAAGGUCACGUGUACUGAUUUUAAAGGCUCCCCAGUUAUUCAGAGCCUUUGGAUUAGCAGCAUUAACUAAAUCUCAAGGGUCUCUUGUAAGUCCAUUCAUUUUAAUCAAAGUCGAAUUAAAAAAAAAAAAACACCAUUGCCUGUCAGCCAGUCAAUUUCAGUCACUGUGAAGAAUUUCACAUUCAGCCUCCGUGCAGCGGAGGGUCUGAGUUCAAUUUCUUGUCUGUGUGAAUUUCAUGUUUCUUAUCUCGUAGCUCAUGCUUCUACAGCAGCCCCAGUGCGGGAGGGGGGAUCAGGGCUGAUACUCAGCUCGGGACAGACCAUUUCAGUUCUUACCCCAGUGUCGGUGCUUCCCAGGCAGCCGCGAGGCACUGCUGGUGGUUCAGUGUUCUGAAUAUCUCCACUGAGAGAGAUUAACGUGCUUCUGAUCACACUGACAAAUUCUCAAAGCAUUCCAUGAGUGAUUAUGCUCAAGAAAUCAAGAAAACAUUGAUUACAUUGGGAUGGGUCAAAGUAUGUAACCUUGAAAACAUUCUGGAAAAAAGUUUCAUUGUACCUGGUCAAUAUGUUCAAACAAAAUCCUAAGUUUAGAAAACUGAAAAGAUUCCUUUGUUCAUACUUGCUUGGCAAUUGGAAUGUUUGUUGUAUGCCUUCAUUUUCCAUUUCACUUAUUACAUGUGUAUGUUCAUAUAUGUUAACUUUUAUUGUAGCAAAGUUAAUGGGAAUAAACACUCUAGUUGACAGGAAAGGUAACAACACAGAUCCUAGUGUGUCUUGAUAUUUCUAGCAGACUUUAAAAUAUUACAAACAGUCUUUAUGUACUGUACUUAAUGCUUCUGUAAGGAACAUAAUUUGGAAUCUUUUAUCCUUAUCCUGCCUGAAACUUCGUGACAUGCUUGUUAUUCAAAGUACAAUAAAGUUUUGUACA